CAGUAUAAAUUUGAUGCUCGUAACAUGAGUUUCUCUUCAAGAAAUUUGACAAGCGUAAGCGUAGUUUCGCGUUACGCGCGGCAUGAUCUGAUUUUCGUAUGUUCGGCAAUGCGAAAAUGGCAAAGCGGAUCGGUUGAAGCCGAAUCAAGACUGCCAAAACAAUUUUUGAGGAAGCAGAUAUUCAAAAGUCGUCUAUUGAGCAAUAUACUUUAUCACCAUGACGUCGAGAUUAGACAGACUAUUCAUAUUGUUGGAAACUGGAACAAAUGCAGUUACCAAAAGAGCAGCUGCGCAACAGUUGGGAGAAGCACAGAGAUUACAUCCUCAUGAUCUACAUCACUUAUUAGCAAGAGUCUCUACCUUAUUAAAAUCUUCACAAUGGGACACUCGAAUAUCGGCUGCCCAUGCUAUACAAGCUAUACUUGCUCAAGUUCCUCCUUGGAAUCCACAGCCAAUUAACAAGAAAGUCUCUACAGAUAAAUCCAAAGUGAAAUGCAAGCCUUCCACUACCAGAUUGAAUUUAGAGUCUUUUGAUAUGAGCAAAGUUCUAGCUCGUAGUUCACAUCUUACUGGAUCUGAAGGCAGCGAAUAUGACUUGACUGUAUCAGAGGGAGAACAAUUGUCAGUUCCCAAUCAACAAGAAAAAUUAGCCGCAAAACUAGGUUUUCAUCCACGUUUGAUAGGCGUUGACGAUUUAUUUACUGUCGAGGAUUUUACUCCAGUACAGGCACCAUGUAUAACACAAACUGCUACUACACCUUUCGACGAUUCUGAAGGAUUGUUGAUGAGCAGAAGAGAAAUGAAUAGAGCAAAACGCAAAGCUCGUCAGUCAGUGUCGAAACAACGAUCGCGUGAACCGGAUGAUCAUCGCACUAAUGAUGACAAUUCAAAUUCAAUGAAUGUUCAAUCUCCAGUGAAUAUUGGUGAACCAGCAACCAAAAAAAUUAUACUAGAAGACACAAUUGCAUCAGACAUUGGAUCAAAAGGCAAUAUACCUAAUGAGCAAGUAAAUGGAAUACCAGAUAGCACUGGAUGCUGGCCAGAUUCAGUCAUAGAUUGGCCUUUAGAAUCCUUCGCAGAAAGUCUUUGCCAGGAUUUAUUUAGUCAAAAAUGGGAAGUGCGUCAUGGAUCAGCAACAGCUUUGCGAGAACUCAUAAGACUUCAUGGUAAAGGAGCAGGCAAGUCUACAGAUCAAACUCUGGAAGAAAUGCAAGAAAGCCAUUACGAGUGGAUGAUUGAUGCCGCCUUACGAUUAUUGUGUGUAUUAGGGCUUGAUCGAUUUGGAGAUUUCGUGUCUGAUCAAGUUGUUGCUCCAGUACGAGAAACAUGUGCUCAAGCAUUGGGAUCGCUUUUCUUAUUAGUACCUGGUUCAAAUACCAAAGAUACGAAUGGUGUUUUUCCUGGAAUACUUUCUGUAAUUCUCAAACUGUUGGAACAUAAUGAAUGGGAAGCGAGACAUGGUGCAUUUCUUGCUUUAAAAUAUUUAUUGGCCGUACGAGACGAUCUAUUGGACGAGGUAUUGCCACAAGUGUUUCCUGCUAUCAUGCAAGGAUUAUCCGAUACUGUCGACGAUGUAGGUGCAGCCGCCGCAAGUGCACUUAUACCAGUAGCACAUGCCCUUCCGCGGUUAUUAAAAUCAACAGAACUGGAAACUAUUGUAAUACGUCUUUGGCAAUUAUUGAAAGAACAAGAUGACUUAGCUGCAGCUUGUAACACUUUUAUGGGUCUCUUGGCUGCGAUACUUUCAUUACCAGCCGCACAUGCUUGUUUAACGCCCCAGCCAUUGUCGCAGGUAUUACCACGUUUAUGGCCAUUUCUCAGUCACUCAAGUUCAAGUGUACGUAAAGCCACAUUACAAACGUUGCAAACUUUAACUGGGAACGAUAGCAAUUAUAGCGAAAACAAAAAGGAACGAUGGGGUGAAGGUGGUGGAUUAGUUUUACAGGAAACAUUGAGGCAUGUGUUCCAAUGCGUGUUAAUUGAACAUAUUAGCACGAUACAAGACGUGGCCGAACGUGUCUGGGAAAAUCUAGUCGUGCAGAGUGAUCUCGAAUUAUUGCUACAUGCGGCGUGCCCUCAUGUCAGUACAUGGCUAUGCCUUGCCAUGCAACCAGAACAUGUGCCAUUCAACCCAAAUUUGUUAAUGACAGUUGCUAGUUCUAUUAAGGGCACAAAGAAUAAUCAAAUGGUCGCCUACUGCGAUGGACAAUCUGAUAUUAAUAGCGGAAACAGUAAUAUUAAUGCAAAUGCAAAAUCGUUAUCUGAAUUGAAAAUGUACAUUGGUGGGAUCGAAACAGUAGCAUUGAAUGUACGAAAAGCAAACGUAAUACAGGCUCGUUGUAGAACGUCUCGUAUGUUAGGAUUGUUGUCGCACUACGUCGUGCAACCUGCACCAGGUGUCAUUUAUCCACCAGAUGUGCCUAGUCCAGCACUUUGUUAUGCUAAAGUGCUAUUGGCACAUCUCAAUUCACGAUCGGCGCUGCAACGUACUGUUGUGGGGCUCACAAUGUCUAGUUGGGCAACUGUAGACUCAUUAAGAAUACCCACGAUACCGGACAUACUCAGUGACAGAUUAUUAGCUUGUUUAAAUGAAUGCAUGUACUAUGAUGAAAUUGCAGCUUCCUUCACUCGACUACUACACGAAAGUCAUGAUUACAUCGCAACUUUAAAACAUUAUAAAUUAAUGAUAUCAUUUGAAAUAGACUCAUCGAGUGUGAUGACUCUUGAUCAGAUCGCUGCACUUGCUAGGAGAAGACUUCCUGCCAUUUGCACUGUUGGUACAAACGCAGGAGGAACUGAAAAUAUUAGUAGUUGUUCAAUAACUACUAGAUUGAAACCUAAAUUAAUGGAUAGCUUAGAGGAAAGGAGACGAGCAUUGGAUAUCGGAGCGACUACGAUGGCAGCGCAACAACAAUCAUUGCAUGUUAUGUCAAUGGCCGCGCUCGCUGGUGCCGCUACAAUGUUACAUAUCCUUCCUCAAUCUCCUCAACCACUUAAUCCAUUAGUAAAGCCGCUAAUGGAAGCUAUAAAACGGGAGGAAAAUGAGGAACUACAAAAACUGGCUGCAAAACAUCUAUCUCAUCUAGUUGAGCUUUGUGUUGAUAGAAAACCAUCUCCGAAUGCAAAGAUUUCUACCAAUCUAUGUACAUUCUUAUGUUCUGACCUUGAAUUUACACCAAGGGUAUGUUGCGACAGUGAAGUUUACGAUGGAAUACUCACCUUGAAUAACAGACAAAAACAUGCUGAGAGAAUAGCAUAUAAUCGUGGUGCAAGUAGUGGACUUGGCAGCGGUAGAGGUCCUGGUAGACCACCAACGACUGAGAUUCCCCUUGAGGAAUUACUUGCUUGCGAAGAACCAGAAGCCAAAGCUGCUAGAACACGUCGUCGCGGAGCUACAUUUGCAUUAACAGCUAUAGCUACUCUCUUUGGUGCUCAAUUAUCUGAUCGCUUACCUCAACUGUGGAAUUUGAUUUUACCGAACACGCUAAAAGAUGCAACCAAACAAAAUGCUGUACAAGAGGAUGAAGGAAAUCUAUUAAUUGUCGGUCUACAAGUAUUAGAAAUCAUGGCACCAAGUUUAGAUAAGUUUUUGUUACCGCCUGUAUUAGAAGUUCUACCACGUUUAUGCGAUCUACUAACUCAUUCAUACAAAGCUGUUAGACACAUGGCCUCGCGAUGUAUAGCUACAUUAGCUACUUUAGAUACAGAGAAGACAAUGUUACACAUAAUACGCAGCGUUAUACCACUCCUGGACACAAAUGGCAGUGAGAAGAGAUACUUCUCAGGCAUAGUGGCACCAAACAAAGUCGAUUUCGUACGCCAAGGAGCUGCGGAAGCUCUAACUUGCAUCGUCGAAAGCUUAGGUGUACAUGUGGUGCCGUAUGCAGUACUCUUUAUGGUACCUUUAUUAGGACGUAUGAGCGAUCAAAAUCAAUCUGUAAGACUAGUGUGUAGCGCAACUUUCGCUACGCUCGUGCAACUGUUACCACUAGAUCCUGGCGCAAUUGCAGAUCCACCAGAUCUAGUGCAAGAAAAGGCACAAGAGAGAAAGUUCUUGGAUCAACUUCUAAAUCCUCAUAAUAUUUCUGAUACGGAGCUACCGAUUCCUGUAGCCGCAGAAUUACGUUCGUAUCAACAACAAGGCUUAAAUUGGCUCAAUUUUUUGAAUCGUUAUCAUCUUCACGGAGUUUUGUGUGACGACAUGGGGCUUGGAAAAACAUUACAAACGCUCUGUAUCUUGGCAUUGGACCAUCAUCGUAAUCCACAGGCACCGACUAGUCUAGUAAUAUGCCCGCCAACUCUAACCGGUCAUUGGGUAUAUGAAGCUGAGAAAUUUUUCAAAACAAAAGAUUUGUCAGUUAUUCAAUAUGUCGGUACACCACAAGAUCGCGAGAAAUUACGUCUUCGGGUGCCACAUCACAGACUCGUAGUUGCAAGUUAUGAUAUUGUACGAAAAGACAUUGAAUUCUUCGAAGCACAUCAAUGGAAUUAUUGUGUACUCGAUGAAGGUCAUGUAAUAAAAAACGGUAAAACGAAAAGCGCCAAAGCCACAAAGCGAUUGCAUGCUAAUCAUAGGCUUAUAUUGUCCGGCACACCUGUACAGAACGAUGUACUCGAAUUGUGGUCUCUUUUCGAUUUUUUGAUGCCAGGCUUCCUCGGUAGCGAGAAACAAUUUGCUGCUAAAUAUUCCCGUCCUAUCUUGGCCUGCAGAGAGCCGAAGGCAGGACCAAAAGAACAAGAGGCUGGUGCUUUAGCUAUGGAGGCUCUUCAUAGACAGGUAUUGCCGUUCUUAUUGAGACGAAACAAAGAAGACGUGCUGCAAGAUUUACCACCCAAAAUCACGCAAGAUUAUUACUGCGAUUUAUCGCCUUUGCAACGUAUACUUUACGAGGAUUUCCGCACUCGUCAUUCCGCUCUCACUAACAGUUCCUCGUCUUCUAAUGAUUCUCAAAGUAACGUGUUCGAAGCACUACGGUAUUUGCGUAAUGUGUGCAAUCAUCCAAAAUUGGUGUUAAGUCAAGGGCAUCCACUGUAUCGAACAGUGUGUGACAUGUUGAAACAGCAACAAAGCACUUUGGCAGAAAUCGAGCACGGCGCCAAGUUACUUGCAUUAAAACAGUUGCUAUUAGAUUGUGGUAUCGGGCAACAGCAACAGCAGCAAAUUCGCAAUUUCUCCGUCGCUGUGAAUCUUACCGCAGAAAGCGCUCAUUCCCAGGAACAGCAACUAGUGAGCCAGCAUCGUGCUCUAAUUUUCUGUCAGUUGAAGGCAAUGUUGGAUAUUGUGGAAGAAGAUCUACUCCGUACGCAUCUACCAACAGUAACGUAUCUCCGGCUGGAUGGCAGUGUGCCGGCGGCACAUAGGCAUUCUGUCGUAACGCGUUUCAAUGCUGAUCCAUCGAUAGAUGUUCUUUUGUUAACCACUCAAGUCGGUGGUCUUGGAUUAAACUUGACGGGAGCGGAUACCGUCAUAUUCGUGGAGCACGAUUGGAAUCCUAUGAAAGAUCUCCAAGCAAUGGAUCGCGCGCAUCGUAUAGGACAGAAAAAAGUAGUCAAUGUAUACCGCUUGAUUACUAGAUCAACAGUAGAGGAAAAGAUCAUGGGACUACAAAAAUUUAAACUGCUCACUGCAAAUACGAUAAUAUCGACAGAGAACACUUCUUUGGAAACCAUGGCUACUGACCAAUUGUUAGACCUGUUCUCGUUGGAUAACGGAAAAGAGAAGAGAAUGGAUCAUCAAGAAGAUACUAUUUCGUCAAAACUUCCUGGUCUACCGGGAAUUAGUCGUUCUGUGCUAGAUAUCCUACCUGAACUUUGGGAACAGCAGCAAUACGAUGACGAAUACGAUCUCGACUCAUUUUUAUCUACUUUGAAGGCUGAUAGCCAAUAAGCUUACCAGUACCUUGAUAAAUCAUUCAAUAUACAUUUAGAGCUCGGUAAGUUUUUCGCUCGAAGU